AAAAUCCCACGAUGCUCCUUGGCCCAGCACUGAUGGAUCAUGGCUUGACUUCAGGCUUGGAGCCUUUUCAUCGGCCAGCCUCAGCCAUGGAUGACAGGGGGGCAUCGCCUCGCUGGCCGCUGCAAGUAGAUAACGCCAUGUUUCCCGACCCGCUGAUGCCAGUCCUCGGGGUGCCGAUUUUAUUCUUUUGUAUCCCCAGCCCCCACAGCUGCUUACUUUGAGGAGAACGUGUUGGUUUCUUCUGUCCUGAUCUUAACACCUUCGACAAUAAUCACUCCUCAACUUUUCAUCUGUCUAUUUGUCGAGCAAUGUUAUAGUAUACGAAGCACUAUCUUCAAUCCGUCCGAUCUAUUACCAUUUCCUUCGUUUUGGAGUCGCCAUGAAGUUUCUAUCUUUCCCUCAGCUUCUCGGGGGCUUUGCAACAGUCGGCUCAGUCGUCUUGGCUAUGCCACAAGCACCGAACGAUAACGCAAUUCCAACGGGUUCAACGGUGAAUUUCGUUACUGGAAAGCCUUCCGCUACUUCGGCUUCCCGUCAAUCUUCAUCAAACACAGCGUCACGCACCGGAAGCGCGAAUCCGGGAAAGGCGACUCACAUCAUUAGUGUUGGCAAGGCCGACCACAAGUUCACGCCGGAUUCCAUCGAAGCAGCCGCCGGCGAUACUGUUUUGUUUCAGUUCUUCCCGGCCAAUCACUCGGUUGCUCGAGCGGAAUAUAACCACCCAUGCGUUGGGUGGGAGAAGUUCCACGAUGACGAAAACGGAAUGUUCUUUUCCGGUUUCCGCCCGGUUGACAAGAUCUUGUCCAGUCCACCGGAAUAUUCGAUCCAAAUCAACGAUACCGAACCGAUUUUCUUCUAUUGCACGGCACCUGGGUCCUGUAUUAACUAUCAGAUGGUUGGGGUCAUCAAUCCGAACUCUCCGGAUGUCUUGGGAACUCAAAAGAACGAAGCGGCACAGGCAGCAUAUAUGCUUCAACCAGGGGAGCCGUUCCCACCCGAGAGCGGACCGACUUCGACUGGAAGUGCGGGUCCAGGAUCGACUUCCGCGUCGGGCGCGAACGGCUCUGGAUCAUCGGGUGGUAGUAAACUCUCAGGUGGCGCCAUUGCGGGCAUCGUUAUAGGCUCCGUUAUGGCCGUAGUCCUCGUAGUGUUGCUUUGGUGGCUGGUCGCCCGGAAUAAAUCUCUCCGAGAUACCCUGACACGGAGCUCUGCGACCGUCAAUCCGACAUAUCACCCUCCCGGUGGUGUAGCGGAGCCGCAGGCGUUCCAGUCUGGCGGGACCAUCUUCGUCCCCAUCCAAGCGGACUCACUCCGCCACAGCGGGGUGAGUUCUCCACCUCCUCCUGGCUACAUGCAGGAGGCAGAUGUAGGGAGCCCACGAAACAGCCAUCGGGAUACCUUCGCGGACUUCGGAGGUGUCUACCAAAACCCAGUGUCGGGACAGGAUAAUAAGCCGACGCGAGACCCACCCAAUGAACCGGCCUCGGCAGUGCACGAGAUGUAUGCGCCAGUGCCCCAGAAUCCUAACCAACCGUAAGAGGUGGCCGGAGAUCGAAAUAGACGAUUGAAUGCUUUUGGAUAGCGACCGGAGUUUUGGAUCGGAAUGGCUCUAUUCGAGGCGAAAAGACUGGGUCAGCCAGCGCGCAACCCUUCGAGAUUUGUGAUUUGACGAAAGAUAAGCGCCUGUCGCAUGCGCCGUUUGUUGCUGCUGCGGACAAAGAACAUUGGCCCUCAGUUGUACCAUAUAUACCCGAAGUGAGUCAGAGCUAAACGUGGGUGUGGCAGCCACCCGACGAUUGUACCGGAAAGUCGGAAUCCCUCAGCCUUGGUAUUGGCGACCUGUCUUAGGGGUGUUGUGUCUGCGGGCAAGUCCUUGUGUAUGCGAUUGCUUUCAACUGAUUCGAUUCGCAACUUUCUUUGGGGCGUUAAUAUGGAUUGGCUUCCUAUUGUGG